CAGCCAGCCAAAGCCUCCAGUCCCCCUCCUUCCCGCCCCCAGGCCCGGGCGUCGCUGACCGUUGGCGGACAGAGAGACUUGAGCUUGUGAAUUUCAUACUCGACAAAUUGUUAGCAUCUACGCACUUCUGUCUCCUUCAUGUGCCAUUUGGCUAGUUGAAGACCAGUGCUUUCUGAAGUACCAAGAUACGAAGAUCAACUAGCCAGACCUCACUCUUGCCUUAAGAAUGUUCCAAAGGCUGAAUAGCAUGCUCAUGGGUGAAAUCAAUCAUUCUUCUAGCCAAGAACCAGAAUUUAGUGAAAAAGAAGAUGAUGAAUGGAUUCUUGUUGAUUUUAUAGACAACUGCACGAGCUUUUCAUCUGAAGAAGACGCCAGUGAAGAGUCAUCCGACGAUCACCCGCCAGUGUUUCCCUGCCUCCCAGCUUCUCUAGAAUGCUUGACCGAAGCCAGCGACUCCUGCUUCAUCCAGUUUGAGUCCUGUCCGAUGGAGGAGAGCUGGUUUAUCACCCCGCCCCCAUGUUUUACUGCAGGUGGAUUAACCGCUAUCAAGGUGGAGACCAGUCCCAUGGAGAACCUUCUGAUCGAACAUCCCAGCAUGUCCGUGUAUGCCGUCCACGGCUCUUGCCGCAGUCUCAACGAGACCAACUGCGCGGCCGAAGAGUUUCAUAAUUCCAGCAGUCCCAGGGCCAGGAAAACCUGCUUAAGGCUCACUGGCACAGAGGGAAGCACCAAAUGAGCUGGGGCAGCACAUCCGCUGCUACGUUACGGCCCUCGCUACUCCCACGACUUUUCUGGAACAAACCAAGAGCUUGCGCCCUACCCCACGGGUAAAAGAACACAGCGAAAGACAUUCUCUGACUAGAAAUAGCCUCCGUCGCCAAAAUCUUACCAGGGAUUGCCACUCCCGGCAAACCAAGCACAGUGGACUGAUUGUGCACCAGCCUUGCCAGCGUCAGUACAAUUAUUGAGGAUUUUUUCAGUUUAAAUCAUAACUCUGAUAGAAUACUGUGCGUGUGUGUGAUACCUAUUUGGAGACAAUUUAUGACCAAUUUAUCACAGAGCAUGGUUAACUCUGAAACCACAUUUCCAUACUGUGUAUCACUAAAAAAUGCCUUACUCUUUGUAAAAAAAACUUUUCUAAUGUUUUGAAAACAUAUCAGUACAACUGCAAUGUUUCGUGUUCAGGAGAUGUCUUUUUUGUAAUGUUGUAACUCUACAUAGUCGGACUUCAUGGCUAGUUAAAGAAGUUCCUGGUUGAGCUGUGGACUAGGCAUCCUUCACAUGUUAUAUUUUAUAUUAAUCAAAACAACUUAUUCUCAGGGUCAGUCAUACACUUUAAUGACCAAUACUUGAUAACCUUUUCUGUAUAUAAUGGAUGCAUAUUCCACAUUAACCAAGCAUUAAAGGUGACUGUUGCCUAAGUAUA